GCGGGAGCGUUGCCGGCUACGCCCCGGCCCUGAUUGGUUACGGAGAAGGGGCGGCUCCAGAGGCGGUGGCAGCGGCGUGGGGAGCCAUGGGUCAGACUGCCAAGGUUUUACAGCUCUUUAGAACACUGCACAGGACCAGACAGCAAGUUUUUAAAAACGAUAAGAGAGCAUUAGAAGCAGCCAGAGUAAAGAUAAACGAAGAAUUCAAAAAAAAUAAAAGUGAGGCCUCUCCGGAGAAAAUAGCAGAGAUGAUGAAACUAGGUUCCGAUGUUGAACUGUUACUUAGAACAUCUGUUAUUCAAGGUGUUCACACCGACCACAACACACUGAAACUGGUUCCCAGGAAAGAUCUUCUAACAGAAAACGUGCCGUACUGUGACGCACCAACUCAGAAGCAGUAGUUUCCAGGACACAGCCCGCCUCUGCUCCUUCUGACUUUAAAUACAUACCUGGCAAAAGUCCUGGGCACGCAGACGUUUCUCUCUGAGGCAGCGGGUUGCACAUGAGCAACAGGCUGAGGGCUCAGGGCACUUCCAUGUUCUGAGGACAUAGAUGUGCUGCCCCUUCUCACUGUCAGGCAGCCCUGACCCGGCCACUGAGCGCCUGGGGAGGCGGGGCCCUCUUCACUUUCCCUUUGGCAGGUGUUUUGGUCUUACCAAAGCUAUUUGCCAGUGAAGCAUUUUGCCGGGUUGGUGACUUUUCACCCCACGGGAAACACAACUGCUAAAUAUAAAAUGCCCCAAUUAAACUGAUGUUUAAUUUUCAAAAUAUUAAGUUGGUAAAAAAUUAACAUUUUUCUGCCAGCUCUCUACUGAGAGUAACCAUUGUUUCCCAGAGUCCUGUGGUUAUUUCUGCAGAUAACAAAUAAUUAUGUGGCUUAUUUCUCUGUGUUUUUAUAAAGACAAUUUUCCCCUU